AGGUGGGCUGGAGAUGGAGCUGAGUCCCCCCGUCUCAUCCUCUCAGUGAGCUGGAGUUUGAUGUCAUCAUCGGGGCGGACGGACGCAGGAACACGCUCCCAGGUAAACCACAGCUCCGUCUCCGUGGUUACAGGAGUUCCGGGGAAGCUGGCCAUCGCCAUCACGGCCAACUUUAAGAACAGAAAGACGACGGCCGAGGCCAAAGUGGAGGAGAACGGGGUCGCCUUCAUCUUCAACCAGAGGUUCUUCACCGAGCUACGGCAGGAGACAGGAAUCGACCUCGAGAACAUUGUGUAUUACAAAGACGACACGCACUACUUUGUGAUGACGGCAAAGAAACAGAGUCUACUGCAGAAAAGAGUCAUUAAACAGGACUUUGCAGACACGGCGCUGCUUCUCUCCAAGGCCAAUGUGGACCAGAAUGCAUUGCAGGCGUUCGCCCGCGAGGCCGCCGACUUCUCGACCAAUCAUCAGCUCCCGUCUCUGGACUUCGCCGAGAACCACCGCGGCCAGCCGGACGUCGCCAUGUUCGACUUCACCUGCAUGUACGCGUCGGAGAACGCGGCCGCGGUGCGGCAGCGCCACGGGCACCAGCUGCUGGUCACGCUGGUGGGGGACAGCCUGCUGGAGCCCUUCUGGCCAAUGGGGACAGGGAUAGCUCGAGGUUUUCUGGCGGCGUUGGAUUCAGCCUGGAUGAUCAGCCGCUGGAGUCAGGGAGCGGCUCCGCUGGACGUACUGGCAGACCGAGAGAGUCUGUACCGUCUCCUCCCUCAAACGACUCCAGAGAAUCUCCAGAAGAACUUCAGUCUUUUUACAGUCGACCCGACGACCAGAUACCUGAACACCAAGCUGCUGCUGACCACACCUGACCAGGUGAGACACCUGGUGGACACAGGUGAGGGGGCGGGGCUUAACACAGCCUGCGGUGACAUCAUUCGCCUGCCGUCAUCCCACAGCUCUCUCUCUCGGUCCAAUCAGCUGCUGACCUGGUGUCAGGAGCAGACCCGUGGUUACCGUGGCGUUGCCGUCAACGACCUGACGACUUCCUGGAAGAGUGGGCUCGCUCUCUGUGCCUUGAUUCACCGAUUCAGACCGGAUCUCAUAGACUUUGAGUCCCUGGACGCGUCCUCCGUGGACGCUAACACCCGGCUGGCAUUGGACGUGUCUCAGCGAUAUUUCGGGAUCUGUCCCCUGAUGACAGAGGACGAGAUGUGGUCGGACUCUCUGUCUGUGGUGAUGUACCUCAGCCAGUUCUACCAGCUGCUCAGGGACACAGCCCCCCCUGCAGGUGAUCUGAAUCCGAGAUCUGACCUGAGAUCAGCACCUGUCUCACUCCUCAGCAGACUGAGGGACACCAAGGAUCGGAGAGACGCUGUAAAGAGGAGGAGGACGAGUCAGCAG